AACGUUGUUUUAAGCUUCUUUCCUUGCUCUUCUUUGCUGUGAACACCGCUGUUUCCUUGUAGGGUUUAGGCAAGGUUUUGCUCCAUUAUUGCAGAGCUUCGAAUAUUCAUCAAUUCUCAAUCCAGAAUGCGGCGAUCAUUAGCGUCGGCUGCUCGACAGCUCGCCGGAACAAGGGGGUUCUGCUCGAAACCCGAGAAGAUUGUAGCUUCCGUACUGUUCGAGAGGUUACCUGUGGUUCUUCCGAAAAUCGACCCUGUGGUUUAUGCAUUUCAGGAGUUCUCCUUCAGAUGGCGACAGCAAUAUAGACGCAGAUAUCCGGAUGAAUUUUUGGACAUGUCCAAAUCUAAGGGUAAAGGUGACUACCAGAUUGAAUAUGUACCAGCUCCAAGGAUAACUGAAGCAGACAAAACAAAUGACAAAAAGUCAUUGCAGAGAGCACUUGAUAGAAGACUGUACCUUCUUCUAUAUGGUAACUCUUAUGGGGCUCCUAGUGGGAAGCCUGUCUGGCAUUUUCCAGAAAAAGUUUAUGAGUCAGAGGAGACAUUACGCAAGUGUGCAGAGUCUGCUUUAAAUUCUGUUAUUGGAGACCUUUCUGAUACUUAUUUUGUUGGGAAUGCUCCAAUGGGGCAUAUGGUCAUGCAACCAACAGGGAAUGUUUCCGAACCUUAUAAGCAAUUCUUCUUCAAGUCUCAAGUUAUUGCAACCAACAAGUUUAACAUUGGAAAAUGCAAGGAUUUUAUUUGGGUAACCAAGGAUGAACUAUUGGAGUAUUUCCCUGAGCAAGCCGAAUUUCUUAGCAAGAUGAUCAUCAGCUGAUGCAGAAGAGCCAUCUAUCUGAUAUCUGAGCCACAUAGGUCCUUUCGCAAAGCCAAUUUUAGGGUUUAAAUGUUCUUUUCAAGCUAGUAGAGAAUGAAUUUUGACAAUUGAGAUCAAACAUAAAUGCUGACAUAGAAUAUGAUGUCAUAAAAUGCUGACAUGAGUCUAGGACUCAGAUCAGUGAGAGCCAUUCACUUGGGAUGGGAUUAAAUGUUUCAAUUUUAGCACAUUCUUUUGUUGAGAAUAUCUCAUGCAUGGAAUUU